AUGAAGAAAAGGCGGUUGGGGGCGUUUGGGCGGAGAGGGGUCCCUGGGGGCGUUUCCGGGCAGCAGCAGCAGCAGCAGCGGCGCAGCAGCAGCAGCAGCAGCAGCAGCAGCAGCAGCAGCAGCGGCAGCAGCAGCAGCGCCGCCAGCGGCCUUUGCGGUGUACAGACACCUCAACUGCAGCAGCAGCGACUCCACCAGAGACGCUAUGCCGCGUCGGCUCUUCGCCCCGCUUCACCUCAGCAGCAACAGCAGCAGCAGCAGCAGCAGCAGCAGCAACAGCAGCAGCAGCAACAGCAGCAGCAGCAGCAGCAACAGCAACUGCCACCAUGGCCUGCAGGCCCCUGCUGA